GACGAAAGGACUACCUGUAAACGAGUUUCCAGAAACCGCUUGGAAAACGACUAUUGUUAAGGCUUCAGGUAAUCCAUCUCCCGAAGCAUCCUCGGGCCUUUCUCUAAGGGAAAAGCAAUGCCAGGAUGAUUUUCAAGAUGGAUUGCAGGAAGCUCUAAUAUCGGUGCUGAUCGUGUAAAAAAAACAGCUAAGAUGACGGCAGAGAAGUCCGAACAGGACAGGGAGGACACGCCUAUGCAGCAGGCAUCUUCGGAUGUUGAACAAGGAUAUUCGGAAUCGUGUGAAGAUACUUCGGACACCGAUUCUGAUAUUGAAUGUGAUGAAAUUAUGGAGCCGUUAUUUGAAAGUAGUAGUUACAAGGAAGUGACAUCCCAUUCCCAUGAUUCCCAGACCCAGGCUUCUGGUCAAGGUCAUGGUAGCCAGAAAAAGCCCACAACAGGAGCACCAAGUGGCAGUGACCAUCUUUCUAUUAUGAGUGUAGGGAAUUCAUCAUGAUCUCCAACUGAUUCAUCUGAAGACAAGACAAGUGGGAGAAGGCACCGAGGUGAUCCCGCUACAACUCUAGACGAAUCCCUACCCCUCUAAUUCGAGAAGUACCGACAAGCAAGUAGAACCUGGUGGCAACGCCAAAAAAGAAUACGAUGCACCACCUCGACCUGCGUCUCCCUCUGGGCGACGAUUCUUUCUGUUUCGCGCAGUAAAUCCUAAUGAGAACGAGAUGUGGCAGCCGACACCUGAGCAUAUGUUUAUGGCUCAGACUUCAUUGGCCAUCACCGAACAUAUUACCAAAGUAGAACAAAUUCAAGAACUGCAUUCUCUGCUUCAAAGCUUAAUACAGUAGACCAAUAAAAGGUACAGGUGACUUAUCUUCUCUAUCUCUUAGUUUUCUCAGGCACUUAUCUCUUCACGCUUACCACGAUAUUACCCAAAAUAACAAGUGAUUCGAUAGAUGAUCACCUAGUAUUUAAGACUCAGACGUCAUACACAUACAUAAGUCUAAGUGCCGCUAACUUAGACAAAGUAGAUGUAGAUUUUUUGGGGUUAUGCGGUCACCGACCGACAUCGAAGAGGAGACCCCGUGAAAGAACAGCGAAAAUAGAAAAGGGAAGAGGUGACGUUGAGAGGUUGAGGCGUGUAGAUCAGAAUGAAUUAAAUUGGUGGCCAAUGAGUUCCGACCUUUAAUAUGUACAACAACUAUGCCCUUGGAGAGUGGUC